AGUCCUCUUGUCUCUCUGUGUAUGUGUUUUCAAGCUUCCUUGUGUGUGUGUGUUUGCGUGUGCACAGUGAGGUGUCCUCACCUCAAAGGAGGACAAGGCACCACAAAAUGGAGAACAUUCAGGACAAAUUGAGGACGUUAGAAACUAAAAGCUAGCAGCACUCAUAGAAAUGUCAAUUCAUGCCUCUGAGUCAUGCUCAAAAUGGAGGACAGUGUAAACAUUCCUCUUGGACAGAAGGUAGGAAUAGAGGACAUGCCAUGGAAAAGGAGGACGUGUGGUCGCCCUUUGUGUCGGUGUGUGUUGUCAACUCGCGUUAUGGCAACCUUCAGCUGGCAAUAAUCUGUCCUACCUGGCUGCUUGUGAAAAAGGGAUUUUGGAAUAAUGUGUCAUGCCUUGAAGUAGACGUGUGUGGCAGGGUUUUUGUAAUUCUUUAACAUAAACUUUGAGACUUUGAGGCAGGAAUAACAUGGAGAGAAGAGGGGUAGGUUCCUAGGACACAAAAGAAGAGCAAGUCAACAAGUUUCAGCCAAAUUUUUUAUCCAAAUCUAACAAAUAGAAAAAGUCAGGUGUUUGAUGCUGGAGAGUAUUUUGGGAUCAUGCAGGUGGAAGAGGCAGAGGAGGAAUCAGGGAUUGAUGAAGAAAUAGAGGAAGAAUUCAAAAAGAAAUCAAAUCCUGGCAAUGAACUUUGCUACAAAGUAAUAGUGACAAAUGAAAAUGGACUUCAAGCAUCAAGCCCUGAUAGCAUUUUUUUGAUUGAUCAUGCCUGGACGUACCGUGUGGGACAUGCCCGCCAACAGCUGCAGCAGGUCCCUGGUCUGCUUCACAGAAUGGCCAACUUAAUGGGAAUAGACUACCAUGGGGAAGUGCCAGAUGAAAGAGCUAUUGAUCAAGUGUUGGAGGAAAUGUGGAAAUACAACCAGACCUACCAGCUGUCAUGUGGGACGGCAGAGGACAAAGUCUCAGUAUGGUACAUUAUGGAUGAAUUUGGAUCUCGAAUUCAGCAUUCAGACGAGCCCACUUUUGCGACAGCACCACUAUUUUACAUGCCACAGGAAAUGGCUUAUACUGUUCUCUGGCCCUUAAGAGACCUUGAAACUGGCGCGGAAGUGACCCGUGACUUUGCCUAUGGGGAAACUGACCGUUUACUCAGGAGGUGUCGACUGUUGCCAUGGGUAUCCAGUGACACUCUAGAUGUCAACUAUUUCACACCAGAGCCAUCGGAUGAUCACUACCAGGCAAUCUUAAACGAAAACAAGGAAAAACUACCUGUCUCAAUAAAUCUUCCUGUUUAUAACAAGGAUAAAAUCUUUAAAGUUUACACAGAUCUCCAACAGGUACUUCAGAAUCUGAAACACCCUCGUUUUGAAUUUACGGACUCUGAGCAAGAAGCAGAUAUUCUCUACAACUUCUCUCACUUCAAAGAUUACAGGAAACUAAGUGAAGAAAGGCCUCAUGUGAUGCUGAAUCAAUUUCCCUGUGAGAAUCUUUUGACAGUAAAGGAUUGUCUGGCAUCCAUCUCAAGGCGAGUUGGAGGCAGUGAAGGACCAAAAUGGCUGCCUCGUACUUUUAAUCUUUGCACAGAGUUACCACAGUUUAUCAGUUUCUUUCAGCAGCGUGAGAGAAGAGGUGAAGACAAUCAUUGGAUAUGCAAACCAUGGAACCUAGCCAGGAGCUUGGACACACACAUCACCAAAAGCCUUAACACCAUCAUCCGCCAGAGAGAGAGCAUCCCUAAGGUGGUGUCUAAGUAUAUUGAGAAACCAGUACUGUUUCAUCUUGAAGAUGUGGGUCUGGUUAAAUUUGACAUUCGUUACAUUGUUCUGCUGCGAUCUGUUAAACCACUCAGACUGUAUGUUUAUGAUGUCUUUUGGCUACGGUUCUCAAAUCGGCCAUUUUCCCUUGAUGAUUUGGAUGACUAUGAGAAGCAUUUUACUGUCAUGAACUAUGAUCCUGCUGUAUCUUUAAAACAGAUCCACUAUAAUGAAUUUAUCCCUCUCUUUGAGAAGCAAUAUCCUGACUGUUCUUGGAAAUCUGUUGAGGAAAAUAUUUUUAAGGCCUUUGUGGAGUUAUUCCAAGCUGCUUGUGCAAAGCCUGCGCCACUUGGCAUCUGUGACUAUCCAUCCUCACGAGCUGUCUAUGCCAUUGACCUGAUGCUUAAGUGGGAGACAUCCAGUGACGGAAAACCAUAUAUGCAGCCUCAGAUCCUGGAGGUGAAUUUCAACCCUGACUGUGACAGAGCCUGCAAAUACCAUCCAACUUUCUUCAACGAUGUCUUCAGCACCCUCUUCUUGGAUGAACCCAAUGGUUGCCAUGUGACCUCCAUUCUCUAGCUCUGUGGCUUCACUUGGCUAAUAUGUGCUUCACAGUGAUAUAUAUUAUAUUUAUAUUUCAGUUCUAUGAGCUGCUUAUGCAACUGUUCUUUUUUCUAUAAUGGCAACAAGGACAAAUCAGUUUUUCAUAUAUUAUCAUUGUACGUGAUUUAUGUUCUCCCCUGUUCUCCAGCUUUCUUCUCUUUCAUUUAUUGCCAGCUUACUUCCACAAAAUAUAUUUUUAUUGUAUACUGAUAUUUUCAGUAGUUCAUUAGCAAAUCAAUUUAUUUUUUUCUGUCUCUGUAGUUACUGUGUUUAAUUUGCUUACAAGGAAGAAUCUGUGUAUCUUUUCCAACCUCCUUUAUGAUUUAUUGUAUUUAGGGCAAUUUUAAGUCAUUGUUUUUCCUAAUAGAGUUGUGUUCCCACCUUUUAAUUCACUUAGUGUUUGUAAAGCAAAGCAUUUUAUUUCAAGGCUGCAGCUGGAUCAUGUGUCCACAGAUUUCAGUUUUCAUAAACAAUAUUGCAGCAAAGUACCAGUCCCUGCCUUUCAUGUAGCAGAUAGUCUGCAAUUCUGGUCUCUAUGUGAUGAUAUAUAAAAAGAGACGGCACUGCAUAAUCUAUGCUCCUUUUUUGCUUUUCUAUGUGUAUGAAAGUCAAGCAUACUAGCAAGUCAAGCUCUGAGUCAAACAUCUGUCUUGCCCUAGUCCCUUCCCACUUCUGCACCAGAGCUAUAGGAGGGGAAUCCACUCAGUAUAUUGGUCCAGGACCUGGAGAGCCAAAGAAGGGCCCAUAAAUUUCUCACAGCCCCCCUUUAACUCCCCCAAACCCCACCUAACAGCCACCUUCUAUUGCAUUAUUUUGCAAAGGUUAACAAACAUGUUGCUCUUCAGGUUGUUCCUUGGCUUUUUACUGGGACCUCUUUUUUCUAAAAAAAACCAGACAGAUCAUUUAACCCUGCAUUUCAAUUAUGCUUUCCUAAUCAUAUUUUAAAAGCUGUUUAAUUUGUUCAUAUUUUAUCAUAAUCACAUUUUUCUACAAAGAAGGAAAAACUAUAACUGUAAUAUUUCAUGUUAUACAUUAUCUUUAUUGAAAAGACUUGAGGAUUUAUGGUCUACUUGGACCUUAAAUCCUGUUCUAAAAGGACACCUCCCCCCCAAGGCAGUAUUGUUCUGCUUUACACACAGUGCUUUUGGAAAGUACUGCAUGUGUGUUUGUGUUCAUCCUUCAUAUUGCUUUCCCUCCUUAAUGACCUCUUUAAAAGAUCUUCCAGAGCUACUCUCAUGAAGCCAGGGACGGCUGGUGGGUAGAUUAGUUAUAGCUGACUUCACUGGCAUAUUUUUCCCAAUCAGAAUCUAUUGUUUUGAAAACAUUUGUUUAAAUAAGUUACCUUAAAUGUGAAGUAGUAUGUCCAUUUAGAAAACAGUAAGACUGAUACUGCUGCUCCUUUAGCAUCUUUCACCUUUUGGCAUGGGCUGGGGGAAGAGUUUGAAGGCCAAAUAAAAUAUCCUGCUGUGAUGUUUUCUUUCCACUAUUAUGCCUUUUUGUCUGAUAAUAAACUUUAAAACCAGUGUA